AUGAACACCAUGUCUAGACAACUCUACUCAAUGUCUCUCCCAACGGCAGAAAUGAAGGCCAAAGCAGAAGUCUAUUACGGCGACGAAAUCUGCAAGGCAAAGUUCACUCUUUUGUUGUCCCAAAUAGGCUUCCCUGAUGGCCUUCUCACCUUGGAGGACAUAGAAGAAGGUGGAUAUGUCGAGGACAUUGGAUUUGUGUGGCUCAAGCGCAAGAAGAUGAUGAAGGAGCACAAGUUUGAGAAUAUCCACAAGUUUGAGAAUAUCGUCGUGUGUUAUGACGCCGUCGUGACGGCGUAUUUGGAGCCUAAUAGGAUCAAGAACUUGACUGGUGUCAAGGCCAAGGAGUUCUUGGUUUGGAUUAGUUUGAGUGAGAUUUAUGUGAAUAAUGAUAAUCAUGAUUCAGCUUAUAAGUCCAAGCUCAUUACCUUCAAGACUUCAAUGGGUUUGUCCAAGUCCUUUCCAAUUUCUGCUUUUGAGUAA